AUGUCAGAAGAAACAAUAAUGUCUAUGAAAAAUCAGGCAAUUAAAAUUGAACCACCAGAAUAUUUAGUACAAGAAAUUGAUGAUAAACAUGAAUUUCUUGAUAUGAAAUCUGAAUCGUAUUUUGAGAAUGAUGAAACAUGUUUAGAAAGAUUCAUGAUAUCCGAAGUGACUAUAGAAGAAGGAGUCAAACAGGUGUCAAUCGAGACAGCCACUUAUGAAGCAGAUAAUUUAAAAGAGCAUAUGAUCAAGCCUAGUCAUAGGGAAGAACGCCCUUUCAAAUGUGAAAUCUGUCAUAAAACCUUCAAACGAACAAGUCAUCUCAAAAGCCACAUGCUGAUACACAGUGGAGUACGACUCCAUGAAUGCAAUACAUGCAAUAAGACAUUCACACAAUCUUUCACUCUAAAAAGACACAUGCUGGUGCACAACGAAGUACGCUCCCUUGAAUGCAACAUUUGUAAUAAGACAUUCAAAAAAUUAGAUAUUUUAAAAAGUCACAUGCUCAUUCACAGUGAUGAGCGCCCCCAUGAAUGCACUCAAUGCAACAAGACAUUCAAACUAUUAAAUCAUCUGAAAAGACACAAACUGAUGCACAGUGGAGUACGCCCCUAUGAAUGCAAUGUAUGCAGUAAGACAUUCACACGAUUAUGUUAUCUGAAAGCUCACAAGCUGAUUCAUGAUGGAGUACACCCGCAUCAAUGCGGUAUAUGUGAUAAAACAUUCACAGAAUUAGGAAGCCUGAAAAUUCACAUGAUCAAACACAGUAGUGAGCGUCCCCAUGAAUGCAAGAUAUGCAAUAAGACAUUCCAAAUAGUAAGUCAUCUGAAAAGUCAUAUGCUGGUACACAGUGGAGUACGACCGUAUGAAUGCAAUGUAUGCAAUAAGAGAUUCACCCGAAUGAGUAAUCUAAAAAGACACAUACUGAUGCACAAAGGAGAAAAUGAAUGAACUAUUACUCUAUUACAAAGUUUUUUUCAGGAUAGAACAUGAAGAGAUAACUUUUGUAAUAAGCAUAUAUUGGAA